AGCUGCACGACAGCAGUCCCAGGCAAAUACGGCAAUGUUCCGAUCACUGCUUGCAAUUCCAAUUACAACUUCGAUCCUUCAUUCAGCGCCGCCGUCGCCUUCUCGGUCUUGUUCGGCCUAUUGACACUGGCACACGUGACCGAGGCCAUCACUUUCAAGAAGCGCUAUGCCUGGGUCCUCAUCAUGGCAGGCCUGUGGGAGACGGCUGCCUUUGUUACCGGUGCCCUUGGAGCGCACGAUCAGCAGAGCAGCGGAUACGCGCUGGCUCACACCUUGCUCUUCCUUUUAGCGCCGCUGUGGAUCAACGGCUUUGUCUACAUGACAUUUGCGAGAAUGGUGUAUUACUUCCUGCCCGCAAAGAAGAUCGGCCCCUUUCGAGCUACUGGUAUGAGUAAGUGGUUUGUGUGGGCCGAUAUCUUGACCUUUCUGGUCCAGGGAGUUGGAGGCACCAUGACGAGUCCAGGCUCAAGCUUGGCUCAGACCGGUCUGCAUAUCUACAUGGCUGGAAUUGCCCUACAGGAACUCUUCAUCCUGGGUUUUCUAUCCCUGAUGAUUAUGUUCCAUCGCCAAGAACGCCAACUUGAAUCAUCUUCGGCAUCGAUCUGGCUGAACGGUCUUGAGAACAAUGCCGACCUUCCGAAAAGGGGCUGGAAGGGCCUACUAUAUGCUCUGUACGCCGUUCUGAGCCUUAUUUCGCUUCGAAUCUUCUACCGAAUUGCUGAAUUUGGUGGUGGCUUGUCACCUUCCUCGAACCCAGUGCCUUUCCAUGAAGCAUACAGCUACGUAUUGGAUGCCUUUCCGAUGAUGAUCUGCUUCCUCGUACUCGCCAUAAUGCAUCCAGGCCGAGCACUAGUUGGUCCAAAGUCCUCC